AUGACGGACAACCAGUUUGCUACAGAAGAAUUGAACCAAUUGCAGAAGGAGAUUAUUGCUAAGAAUCCAAUUGAUGUGUUGCAGUUCUGCGCUAACUACUUCAACUCGAAGUUGGAGCUCCAGAGAUCUCAGUUGUGGCAACAGCAGAAUAAGGCGAAGGCUGCGGGAAUUAACUUGUUUCCGCUGAUUGAUAAUGUGUUCAACUCGGAUGGGGGCGCCAUAAUGACUGCCAACAAGAGACAACCGAGCUUUAAGUCUCCGUUUGGGGACAACGAUCCAACGCUGAUUGACCACCAUCAUCACCACCAUGACGACGACACAAAAGAAGGACAAGGGGCAUCGAAGCAGGAAAUCAAGCCCGAUUUGUUCAAAGGAGGAUUUGGCGUGGGCAAGUCUACGUCGCUGAAGCCUUUGCAGGAGUUGGAUCCUAACGACCCAUCGCACUCGACUUCCCAGGGACCAGAUUCCGUUCCAUCAGUUGCCAAGUCCAAAAUACCAGUUGCAUUCAAUGCCAAUAGAAGAACAUCGGUCUCGGCGGAAGCCAUGAACCCCGACAAGUUCAAGUCUGAUUCGUGGAAGCCUCCAAUCAACGACUUGAGUCAAGCUCAAAAAGCCGAAUUAACCAAGACUUUGGGUUCUAAUUUCCUUUUCCGUCAAUUAGAUUCCAGCUCAAAGAAAACAGUUAUUGAAGCCUUGGGAAAGAAAGAGUUCAAGAAGGGCGAUGAAAUUAUAAAGCAAGGUGAUGAGGGAGAUUUUUUCUAUAUAAUCGAGAAGGGUACCGUUGAUUUCUACGUCAAUGGAAACCAAGUCAAUUCCAGUAGUGAAGGGUCUUCUUUCGGUGAAUUAGCAUUGAUGUACAACUCGCCAAGAGCAGCCACCGCAGUGGCUGCCUGCGACCUGGGUGUCACCUGUUGGGCUUUGGAUAGACAAACUUUCCGUCGUAUUUUGUUGGAACGUACCUUUAAUAGAAGGUUGAUGUAUGAAGACUUCUUAAAGGAUGUCAAGGUGUUGUCUAGCUUAUCUAGCCAGGAAAGACUGAAAUUGGCCGAUGCCUUAAGUACGCAAAUCUACCAUAAAGGAGACAAAAUCGUCAAAGAAGGGGAAAAGGGUGAAAACUUUUAUUUCAUUGAAAGUGGUAACUGUCAAGUUUCCAAGGAGGACAAAGGUGUUCUCACCAAGUUAUCAAAGGGUGACUAUUUCGGUGAGGUUGCCUUAUUGAAUGAUUUGCCAAGACAAGCUACUGUAGAAGCAUUAGACACUGUUAUUGUAGCUACUUUGGGUAAAUCAGGCUUCUCCAGAUUAUUAGGUCCGGCUGUUGAUAUAUUAAAGAGUCAAGAUCCUACUGCGAACCAAGGCUCCCAGUAA